GUUUGUUUUCAUUUGUAUUGUUCCUGACCAUUGAUCUAUUUUUUUAGACUCAUUCAAAUGGAACGAGAUGGAUUCUUAUCUGACAUUCUUCUCAAUGGACAUGAUGGUGGAGUUACUGGUAUGCAAGACUUGAACAUUCCGAGCACACAAGACAUUAAUUAUGAAGUUGAACAAGCUGAUGUGGAAGUGAUGCCAAGUCGUGGUACAAAGGGAUCGAAGAGGACAAAAAAUUUUAAUUCCACAGAAGAUGAAGUUGUAUGCUCAGGUUGGUUGAACAUUAGCAAAGAUCCCAUUCACGGGGCCAAUCAAUCUCGUCCCACAUUUUGGAGUAGAGUUCAUGCAUUCUUUGAGGAACACAUGCAGGAACACAUUAAAGAUAAAGUUCCGAGGACACAGAGUUCUGUUAUGCAUAGGUGGCUGACAAUUCAGACACAAGUGAACAAGUUUUGUUCUUGCUAUGAUGCGAUUUUGCGCAGGAAUCAAAGUGGGUCAACUAUCCAUGACAAGAUUGCAGAAGCAACCAAGAUGUUCCAGAGCUUAGACAACGAAAACAAGGCAUUUACUCUUAUACAUUGUUGGAACAUUUUGAAGGAUGAAGACAAGUGGAAAGCCAAGAGGCUUGAACUUGCCGAGCUGGAAAAACAACCAAACAAGAAAAAACAGAAGUCCACCAAGAUGUCUAGGCCAAGGGAUGAUGAAGCCACCAACAAUGAAGAAGUUCCAGAGGAUGUUGCUCCACAAACUGAAUCAAAAAAAGGCCACAGGGGAUAAAGAAGGCAAAAGAAGCUCUCAGGCGAGGAGGUGGCGAAGCUUGCAUGGAGGCUCUGGACAAUAUGUGGGCAAAGAAGGAGGCUUUCGACAAGGAGAUCGAAAAAGCAAAAGAGGAGAGGUUCAACAUUGCACUAGAACUAGAGAAGAAGCGAGUGUCAGCUGAGGAAAAAAAAGCUGAAGCAAAACUGAUUAAAGUGUCAGCUGAGGAUAAAAAAGCUGAAGCGGAAUUGAUUAAAGAGGAAAAAGAGAUAAUGUCAAUCGACAUGACUUCCCUCAGCCCGCUGCAGCGCCAGUACUACGAGACAAUGCAGGAGAAGAUUGUUGCUAGGCGUUUGGCAAAUUAAUUUAGUUCUAGUCAUUUCAGUUGUGGAACUAUUAAGCUUCAGUUUAUUUGUUUAGUUCACCAGAACGUUUGUUGAUUCAUGAGAAGCAUUAUCAAAGUGCAAUUUCAUGACUGAGAUUUAUUUGCACUUACAUAUAUAUUCUCA